AGGAAACUUCCAAGCAAAGCCAUUUUCUUUAAAUUGUAAAACCUUCCAGGAAAAUUGUGGAACACGACAACACUCUAGCACUAACGCAUGUUUUAUGAUGAUUGAAGAGACCGAGGAAGAUUCUCGUAUCCUUCUUGCAAACAUCACGUCCAAUUAAUCAUGACCGCGUACCCAAAUUAUUUAAUUUGUUGAAUCUGCACGAAUUCGACAUUCGGCAAGCUCAGAUUAGAUGCUUUACACAUUACUUUUGACAGAAAUUCCCAGCCUUUAUACCUGGGUAGAAUUCUUACAGGCUAAGGUUUCGCGGCUCCCUGUCUUGUUGGAGGAGUCGAUCGUAUGAUACUCAAAUACUAUUAUUUAAGUUGGACUGUUAGGCGUUUAAGGAAACCCUCGUUUUAUUUUUCAGUCCUAGCAAGUGCAUUAUGAUGGAGCAGAUUCCAUAUGGCAGUACCAUCUUUCAAGAAUUACAGAGGCAGAUAGACGGAGCAGUUCUUGCUCAAAGGUUCUUCCCAUUCCAGACCAUGCAUAUGCAUUAUUCCAGCUUGCAUAGGAUUCUGUUGGUUGGAGAGGGAGACUUCUCGUUUUCUUCUUCCUUGGCCACAGCAUUUGGGUCUGCAGAGAAUAUUGUAGCAACAUCACUUGACACCAAAGAGAUGGUUUUAACAUUUUACAAAUCUGCGGGGAAUUCAAUUAGUAACUUGCUAAGUCGUGGAGCAUGUGUACUGCAUGAAGUGGAUGCAACCAUGAUAGAUCAGCUGGGGCUCUUCAGGGGAACCAUGUUUGAUAGAAUUGUGUUUAAUUUUCCUCAUUCUGGCUUUUGGGGCAAGGAAUACAGCAAUGAGGUGAUUCAGAGGCACAGGGAUUUGGUGAGUAAGUUUUUUCGGAGUGCAAGAAUGCUCGUCAGCUGUAUUGGAGAAAUCCAUGUUAGUCACAAGGAGGGGCCGCUAUAUAGGAAAUGGAAUUUGGUAGGAGAAGCAAUGAAGUCCGGACUUUUCUUAAAGGAGUGUGUCACAUUCAGUAUAGCAGAUUAUCCAGGAUACACAAACAAAAGGGGAAGUGGUGUCUGCAUUGAUGAGAGUUUUCCCCUGGGAGAUUGUAAGACAUAUAAGUUCAUGCUCACUCCUGCCGCCUUCAUAGAAAAGGAAUUGAUGCUGGUGAGGGAGCAAUCUUAUUUGCAUGCUCUUCAGCCACAAAUGUGGAUCUGAGUACAAAAAUGUGGGGCUGUAAAAGAGGAUACUUCUUUCCAGCUAUAUUAGAAACUUGCAAUCCAGGCACUAAUAUUUUGACUGUCAUAAUAGGCUCAAUAUCUAACAGAGGCUAUGGUCUGUCUUUCUCUGAAAUAUCACAAAGAAAGUUAGUACAGAAAUUCAACUGGAUGUUAACUUCAUAAAAAAGAUUUGGAAAAUAUAUUUCAGUGGUCACACAAUUGUUCCAAGAAAUUAUGAUAGAAUCUAGCUACAAUGUAAGACAGUGCGAAGCAGAGAGUGAAAUGAUAUAAUCCCAUGGAUUUUGCUUUCUGGUUAAAAAUGUUUUGGCACAGGUAAUGCCCCAUAAAUCAUGAUAUCACAAUUACUACCUUUGUAAAGUUAAAAAUAGAGCACAGACCGUUGGGCAGCCAGAAAGGCAUGUAUAGUGAAUUUUGAAUGUCAAACUUGGGGAAAUCAUUUUACUUUUUAA